GUCCACUAUUGUUGUUGUUGUUGAUGACAGAAAUGUUUUCCGUUUUUUGCUGUUACACGUAGCACCGCCACCUGCGAGUUUAUUGCUCACUUCCAGCAUUUUGAUCCCCAAAAGUCGCUUCAUACUUCAAAACGGACAUAUUCAAAUGCUCUUUCCAACUGGCGCCACAGUUUAGUGGCAAGCAGCACAAUGACGAUGCAGAGGAAUGACAGGGAUUGGUCAUUGCUCAAGAAUGAGUACAAUAUAUGCAGAAAAAAACUUGAAAGUAAAAAGGAAGGCAUAAAGAUUCUGAUGAAAGACUUGGAAAAUUGUCAAAUAGAAAGAGAUAUUUAUAAAAACAAAGUGUGCCAGCUUCAACAAGAGCUAGAUGAGCUGAAAGAACUUGUCGGUGACCAUUGGAGAGGCAGUUUGAAGAAUGGAUCAUUGUUUUCAUAUGAAGAAAAUGCAGAUAAAAAGAUAAAGACUCUCACACAACUGAUUCAACAUAUACGGAAAGAAAACCAGGCUCUGCGUAAUGAUUUGAGCAGUGUGAAGCAACUUUAUGCUGAGGCACAGCAAGAUAAUCAGUUACUGAAAGAAACUUUACAUCAACAUGAAAGCAGAAAAAAGGAAUCCACUUCUGAAAUGAAUGGAAAAAUUAGAUUAGUGGAACAGUUGGAGGAAACACAAAAUAAAAUUGAGGAGCUCAAAAAUGAUAUUGAAAAUUUAAAGGAAGAAAAAAAUGAGAUAGAACAAGAGCGUGACCACUUCAAAGAGAAAACCCUUCGCCUGAAUACACAGCUUAACUAUGCGCUUCACAACGAUGACCGCCGUAUUGUUGAUAUCGAUGCCCUUGUAUUAGAAAACAAAUAUCUAAAAGAGGUUUCAAAACAGUAUAAAGCAGAAAAGGCCAUGAUGGUUGCAUCGGUGACAAGGUACAAAGAAGCAAUUGAUAGGAGAUUUAACAAGGCUAGCAGGCUGAUGGCAUAUUUGGAUGUCCCCUUGUCUUUCAGGGAAAGAGCAUUUGGGAGUCAUGGGUCUCCCGCAAAGGAAUCGAGGCAAGAAACUGUUAACGAACUGCAGCGACUGACAACCUCUCUCACAGAGUCACUGGCUGACAAGGACACUGCUCUCAAGAUUCAAAAAAAGACCAAUCGCGUGCUUGGAAUGCGGGUCAAAGAAUUGGAAAAGAAGCUCAGGACCCUAGAAAUAUCAGGCCUUUGGUCGUUCCAAGAUUCUGCUCAAAAAGACAAGCUUUCAUCAGAAUCAUCCCCCCUCAGCACGGGCGCUGAGAAGGCAAUUGAUGAAAAGGAGUCCGUUCAUAGAAAUGCUGAGGAUGAAGUAGAGGCUAGUAACGACUUGGAGGAUACUUGUUGGGACCCGUACUGUGAACAACUGCACGAGUUUCAGGAUAAGGAUCAUCGUUGCAGCGAAACCUUGAUUGAUCUCGGGGGUUGUCAUUCCAAUGACAAUAAUGGCUACAACGUGAGUUCUUCUGAUUGCACGAGUUUAGAUUUGAAUUCAGAUAUUUAUGACGUCAGUGUGCAGUCUCCUUUGACAGUAAGGGACGAUUUUCUUAUUGGAGUAAAGAGUGAUUGCAAUGUUCUACGAACUAGCAUGCGAAGAACCCGAUCUUGCCCGAAUUCGCCGUUGCAAACCCCAAAGGAGUCCCGUUAGUUAGUAUUGAGGGGAUAUGCAUAACAUUAGAGGGCCUGACGGACGAUGCUGGCAAAUGUCCGACUGUAUUACCCUAGCCUAGAAGUAAAACCAUGCUUUUCUUUAUCUUUAACCCUUCGCAAAGAUCAACUGGACUUUUAGUUGCUUUGUCAAACUGUUCAGAACUCUGAUUAUUAAGCCGACAUUGUCAGCAGAUCUUUCAAGAAACAAUCUUUUGCAAUCAUCAUCCAUUCAUUGUUAUUAAAACCUCCAUGUUUCAUUGUCAAUUUAUCAUAACAUGAAACUCAUAUAUACAUGCUUAACUUUCAAUAGUCAAAUCCUCAUUUUAAGUCUCUAUUUCAUUUCAUAUCGUUUUCUUUCCAAACCGCUUUAGUGACACACCAUUCUUCAUGGAAUCCAGCCAUUCUCUUCACAGUUUGCCCUUUCCAUCAUCAAAUAACAUUACAGUCAUCAUCAAAACAUUGACCCAUAAACCAUCAAUAGAGAACGAUGACCAUUCUCUCACAGAGCAUAUGGCUCAAGGAACAAUUUGUUCCUUUUCACGAUUGUUCAUUGUGCGCAAUAAUAGUUAUUCAUUUUAUUAUGAAAACAUAAUUAGAUCCAAACAGAGAUCGUUUGUCUCUUUGUUCUGUAGCUUGCGGCUUGUUUUCUUAAUUGGUCGUAUAUGUAUAAAAUUUCUUGUAUCUCUUUGAAGAACUGCGCUUGUGCUCUGUGGAUAUUGAGCUUAGAAUACCAAACGUCCCGUGCAGUAGAUACUUUUUAGUUGAAGAUGCCAUGUCUUUUCUUGCAUUGAUGUUUGUUAGCUAUCCUGUUUGUAAAUUUUCCUCGAUUUUCACAUCAUUGUUUUGCGCGUCAAUCUUUUGGAAGCAGCCCUGAAAUCUUAAGCAUCUUUCAGCGGAAGGCGAAUAAAGCGAGAAUUUUUUUCUUUAUUGGCACAAAGCGCUACCUAAGGUAAAAGAUGCUAAUCAAUGAUAUGAAAAUUUUGCUGAGAAACGUGGCAAUCUUUCUUUUUAAAUUGUGCAUAAGGCGAGUGCAAAAGCGCUAAUGUCGAAAACUGUCUAAAAGGCUUGAUACUAUCUUUGGCCUGUAAAGGAAAUUGUACGGCAAAAACGGCUGACCAAAAUAAGCAGUUUGCCAGAAUCUGAUCGCAUGUGCUUGUCCUAUGCUUCCACUGCAAACCCUCGAUCAUGUCAUAUGUUUCAUUCUUAUAGCAAAACCCCCUCAAGCCCAGUUCACCACGUUGUGACCCUCCUUGAAGAAUUGUCUUUAAUAUUUCAGUCUUGACUUGUAAGCCUGUAAAACGUUCGCAUACCCAGUAGAGACGUUAAGGGAGUUUGGUUUCUUUGUUCAUAAAGCAGUCUUGAUGUUUCUAAAGAAUUAUUAAUUAUUUGAAUACAACAUU